UGACGUUUCCUCAACAUAGAGUAUGAUCCCUUUUCGUUAAGGUUAUGUUGUUUGGGAGUUGAAAGAAGCAUGCACGUGUUGUUAGAACGUGUUUUGAGGGUCGUUUGCUAAGAAAAGAGUUUUAGUUAAUUUUGCUAUUGCUUUAUUGUACCUGCAUAAAGAUGAGUGACGAAGAAAGUGAAUCGUGCAAGUUUCAUGAAAUGGAGCUCGAUGACAGGAUCUUGAAAGCUAUUGCUAGACUUGGUUGGAUAACACCAACUUUAAUACAAGAAAAAGCUAUUCCUUUACUUAUUGAAGGUAAAGAUGUUCUCCUACGAGCUCGAACAGGUUCAGGUAAAACUGCUGCAUUUGUUAUACCUGUUAUACAAAAAAUUUUGAAUUCAAAGCAUACAAUGGCAGAACAAGCAGUCAAAGUUUUAUUAUUGGCUCCCAGCAAGGAAUUAUGUUCUCAAAUACACGCAGUUAUAGUUUCUUUGACUUGCAAGUGUUCACAAGAAGUUAAAUGCAUUGAUAUAUCCACAAAUACAGAUACCUUGGCUCAAAAGCCUCUAAUUAAUUCAAAACCUGAUAUAGUUAUUGCAACUCCUGCAAGAGCAUUAGCACAUCUGAAAGCCGGUACCUUGGAUCUAAAAAGUGGAUUAGAAGUACUUGUUGUAGAUGAAGCUGACUUAAUUUUUUCUUUUGGGUAUGAAUCUGACAUGAAAAAAAUACUAAGUUUUAUGCCUACAUUAUAUCAAGCUAUUUUGGCAUCGGCAACAUUAUCAGAUGAUGUUCAAUCUCUGAAAAAACUGGUCUUACAUAAUCCAGUUAUUUUGAAAUUGGAAGAAUCUGAUAUGGCUCCAAGUACUCAACUGACACAUUAUCAUUUAGCUGCUGAAGAGAUGGAGAAAGCUGCAAUAUUAUACUCUCUUUUGAAGUUAAAUUUAGUUCGAGGGAAGAGUAUCAUAUUUGUAAAUACUGUCGAUCGAUGUUAUAAAUUGAAAUUAUUUUUGGAGCAGUUUGCUAUUCCAAGUACAGUUUUAAACUCUGAGCUACCAUCUGCCAUAAGAUGCCAUUCUGUAAAUCAAUUUAACCAGGGUAUCUAUGAUAUUAUUAUUGCUUCAGAUGAAAAUGUUUUGGAAAAUCCUGAUGUUACUCCAUGCGAUCGUAAAUCAAAACGAAAGAAAGAUAAAGAAUCAGGCGUGGCUCGUGGAAUAGAUUUUCAUUAUGUUUCAAAUGUCAUAAACUUUGAUUUUCCAUUGUCAAUAAAUUCAUAUGUGCAUAGAGCUGGUAGAACGGCAAGAGGAAACAAUGAGGGAAGCGUGUUAUCUUUUGUUAGUAUCAGGGAGCGAGCACUUUUGAAUCAAGUGGAUGAGCAUUUAAAAUCUGAUACUACAGAUGAUUCAAUGAUCAAAGCAUAUCAAUUUAAAUUAGAGGAAGUUCAAGCCUUCCAAUACAGAGCUAAAGAUGCUUGGAAAGCUGUAACUAAAAUUGCUGUAAGGGAAGCAAGGUUGAAAGAAAUUAAAAAAGAAAUUUUCAGUUGUGAAAAACUCAAGAGUUACUUUGAAGAUAAUCCUCGUGAUUUACAAAUAUUAAGACAUGAUAAGGCUUUACAUACUGUUAAAGUACAACCACAUCUGGCAGAUGUUCCUGAAUAUAUAAUACCAGAAUCUUUAAAAAGAUUAUCUGGUAUAGCUAAGAAACCUAAAAAGAGAACUUGGCAAUCUGGAGGAUCAAAUACUAAAAAUCAGUCGAAAAAGGACAAUCCUUUGUUGGCAAUUGAACUUACAAAGUUCAAUAAGAAAAAAAAGAAAUGAUACAUGGAAAUAUUUUCAAAUGAUGGAUAUUUGAAUAAAUAAAUCUUGUAAUAUUAACAAGAAUAAAAAGCACUG